AUGGGCUUUCUUCGCAUGUGGGACAGGACAGCGCAGGCAGAGAUUCCAGCCAGCCAGAGUGUGUCCAGAUUUAGACUGCGAGGAGACGAAGCUACACUUGUGUGUGAACGCUCCGAAGAUGAGUUUAUAUCGGUUUUCCUUUGCUGCCUUGGGGAUGAUACGGCUGCUGAAGAUCCGGACGGCGUGGACAAGCCGCCCGUGGCCGUCAGAGCUCAGUUUUGCUUCAGUUUCAUUGACCAGACCGAGCUGCGAGCCAAAUUCAACCGUGAUUGCAAAAUAUGUGACUUCUAUCCUGGUGACGACAAUUCUCAUGGUGGGUACAGAUUCAUGAGAAGGAAUGUUUUGGAAAGAUCGAGACACCGCAAGGCCGACAGCUUCGUCAUCCGGUGCGAUAUCCUUGUCGUUGAGGAUCAGGAGGAGCAGAAUGACAUGUUAACUGCCGUGGAUAAGGAGGAGUUUACUUUUGAAGUUGGCGGCAUGAAGAUCCCUGCACACCGUGGUGUGCUUGCACCUCGAUCUACCGUUUUCAAGCAGCUACUCUCUGCAGGCAACGUUCUGGAGGCAAAGGAUGCUGUCGUCAAGAUAGAUGACACUCCACCAGAUGUGUUCGAUGCCCUUAUUGCCUUCAUUUAA